CAUAUUCUCUCACAAACACACACAACUUUUGCCGCCAAAGGAGGGUAUGGUUGCAACUGUGUGUCCGUGCAAUCAAGUGUAGUUUUAAGACAUAUAUUGGAAUAAAUUGGUUACCAACAACUAUAGUAAUGGCUAAAGUACAUAUAGUGAACGUGGUGGUGCUAGAUAACCCGUCGCCGUUCUUUAAUCCCUUCCAAUUCGAAAUAACAUUCGAGUGCGUGGAAGACCUCCAGGAAGAUCUGGAGUGGAAGAUAAUUUAUGUAGGAAGUGCAGAGAGCGAGAACUAUGACCAGACUCUGGACACAGUAUAUGUUGGGCCAGUACCAGAGGGUAAACACAUGUUUGUAUUUCAGGCUGAUCCUCCGGAUGAAAAUAAAAUUCCUGUUGGGGAUGCAGUAGGUGUUACUGUGGUGCUCUUAACAUGUGGUUAUAAGGGUCAAGAGUUUGUACGUGUUGGUUAUUAUGUCAACAACUCUUACACAGAUCCUGAACUACAGGAAAAUCCACCAGAUGUUCCUCAGUUUGACAAGCUCCAGAGAAACAUCUUAGGAACUCAACCUCGUGUCACAAAAUUCAAAAUUGAUUGGGAUGAUGCUAAGGAUUCCGAAAACAUCCCUCCUUCAGAAAAUGCCAGUGAUGGUGCCUCCACCUCCCAAAACUCAUCGGACAUGAAGCCAGUCAUAGCAGUGGAGAACAGUAAUAGUGCCUGUGCUAUGGAAGUUGCGUAAACCUUUAGUGUAUAGAUGAUAUUUCUUUUGCAUAAAUUUUCAUAUGUAUAUGUUGUUUAUGGACGGUAGAUUCAGUGUUAAAUUAUAAGGUACCUGUUCAAUCAAACCUUUGCGGUUUGAGUCAUAGAAAAAGAAAAAGUAUUUUCAUAUUGCCGUAUAUUAAAGUUUGUUAUGUUAAUGAAGACAUUGAAUGUUAUUUACUCAUGAUAGAGCCCUUAUUUUAUAAAUUCAUUUUUAUUGACUAUUAUUUAUAAUUCCUUAUUUUAUGAUCUGUGCCUAAGUCUUUCUAACUUUAUGCAGUUUUUCUUUGUGUGCUGUGAAACAUUGGGGCUUAUUCACAAUAUUCCACCCUUACAGGGUGACCUUAGCUCCAGUUCAUUGGAACGCAGGUAGAUGCUUUAAAGAGGCAUAACUCGUACAAACAUUUAAGCUCAAAUGUGGGCUAAAGUAAUUAAAUUGAUGGUAUAGAUGUUAGUUCACUAGUCCCAGUCUGAAAGGAUAUGCUGUGUAUAGUUAGUUAUUUUAAUUAAAUGUAAAUUUCUUGUCA